GGCGGCGGCGGCAGUAGCGCCGGCUGCUUUCCGGGGCAAAGUGGCGUUGAAAGAGUUAACCCUGGGCUGCAGCUCCCAGAAUCCCCUGCCGGCAUCCCCGUGGCUGAGGGGGCUUCUGGGAGUCGUAGUCCCGCAGAGCAAGGGGCCGCUUGCCUCCCGAGGUGGCGGGUUCCCCCAUCUGGGACAGCCACCGGUCCGGGAUGGUCUGGCCGGUGGUCUCGGGCCCCCGAGGGGUCUGGGUUGGGGGGCCUCCAAGGGCCCUUCCCUCCCCACGACGACGACGAGUCAAAGGAAACCUCCACGCUUCAAUGGAGGGGAGGGGGGGAGAGGGAUGGUGCCUUUGGGGGACUCCCCCGGGGAGGGGGAGGGGGAAGGGCAGGGGAUUCCCUCUCUUUCUCUCUCCCCCCCCCGCCCCCACUGGAGUGAGUCCCCCCUGGUGGGCCCCUUCCUUCCCUUCGCCACAGGUGGUCCAGCAGGAGGAGGAGGAAGAAGCAGCAGCAGGAGCAGAAGGCGUCGCCCCGGAAAGAGCGAAGGGGAAGCGGAGCUGGCCAGUCCUGCGAGCCGCGAGGGGCAGACACCGGCGGCCACCUGCGCUGGGAGUGCCGUGUGGGCCGCCCUGCAGCCGCUGCUUCCCAGCCGCCGGGAGGAGAUGGACCAGGACCUCUGCACCAGCACCUCCACCACCCCCAGUGAGCCGAGCCUGGCUUCCUUGCUCCAGCAGGCAGCCGCCCUGCUCUACGGGGAGGGCCCCGGGGGCCUCGCUUCCUUCUCUGGGCCCAGGAGGGAGGCCUGCCUCCAGCUUAGCGAGAGGAUCUGCGAUUACUCCUGGGAAAAGCUGAACGUUGGCACCUGGAGGGACGUGGACAAGGCGUGGCGUCGGGUGUACAGCUACGGCUGCCUCUUCCGGGCCCUCUGCCUGUGCCGCGGUGGAGGAGCCUCCCUGGAGGCCGUGCGCGCCUGUGACAUGGGGCUCCUGAUGGGGGCCUCCAUCCUGGACAACAUCCUGGUCAGGGUGGUUCGCAUCCUUCAGCAGCAUCUGUCUGGCAGCCCCCGAGCCCUUUCCUCUGGACUGGCCAGCGAAGAGGGAGGAUGGGGAGGAGGAGAGCCCCUCAGGAAGAAAUGCCGGAAGGAGUUGCCACAGGCACCUGCUAUAAAAGCAGAAGCUGAAGUACUGCAGCUUGUCUGCCCGUCGCUGGAGCAUUUCAAGGACAAUUAUCUGAUCCCGCAAAAGCCCCUGAUCUUGGAGGGGAUUGUGGACCACUGGCCAUGCAUGAGGAAGUGGAGUGUGGAUUACCUCCGGCAGGUGGCUGGCAGCCGCACCGUCCCCGUGGAACUGGGCUCUCGCUACACGGACGAGGAGUGGUCCCAGACCCUCAUGACCGUCGGAGAUUUCAUCAGCCGGUACAUCAAGAGUGAGGGGCAAGACCAGACUGGAUACCUUGCUCAGCACCAGCUUUUUGACCAGAUCCCAGAACUGAAGGACGACAUCGGCCUUCCUGACUACUGCUGCCUGGGCGAAGCCGAUGAAGAGAGCAUCACCGUGAAUGCCUGGUUUGGUCCAAUGGGCACCAUCUCACCUCUUCACCAGGACCCUGAGCAGAAUUUCCUGGUCCAGGUGAUGGGACGGAAAUACAUCCGCCUGUACUCUCCCCAGCAGACGGAGCAGCUGUAUCCACACCAAGGCUCCCUGCUGCACAACACCAGCCAGGUGGAUGUAGAAGACCCUGACCUGGAGAGGUUCCCCCAGUUUAAAGCAGCUGCUUUUCAGGAGUGCAUCUUGAGCCCUGGCCAGGUGCUCUUUAUCCCUGCCCGCCACUGGCACUAUGUGCGGGCCCUGGACACCAGCUUCUCUGUGAGCUUCUGGUGGUCCUAAACGGGGUUCGGGUGGCUGGCUUCACCCUGGAGCAGCACAUGCUGUGAGGGCAGAAGGCCUCGGGCUCCACGCCAGCCGCUUCUCCAGGGAGGGAGAGACAGUUAUGCCAGUCCCUGUAGGAGCACCUCCCGCAAGACCAGGGUCCUGGUCUGGGAUAAAGCAGCGUCUCCUGGCCAGUAAAAUGCAGCCCAGAAGCCCUCUGUGAUUUCGGAAAGAGUUUGCAAAGAGUGCAGACGUGAGGCAGAACAGCCACAGAGGAAAACAAAGCAAGACAUUUAUUUCAAACUUUCCAAUAAAGAAGUGGCACCAUGA